GCUGCCUUCUACAACGGAGCCAGCGCCGUUUACAGAGGUGUUUCACGGGUAGUUUGGAGCGUGGAUGAUCGUGAUGGGAGUGAAAUCCGAGGCGAGAUUUCCCCCGGUGCCGAGUCGUGACAAUCCUCUCUGGCAUUAUUUAUUCAGCGGCGGUGAGCGGCUUCAUCAGUCUCUAUAGUUCUGCUGCACUCGACUGUCCCCGCUGCUGUGCUGUGUUUCCCGUUUGAUGACUCACUCUCCUCUUGACUCACGUAUUUAUUUUGAAAUCCACACCACGUCAGGAAGACUAUGGUGGUUGGACUGGCAUAUUCGUAUUUUCAUCUCAAUGUGCAGUGUAUUUGUGGGCAUUACCAAAACGACAUGCGUUUGUUGAAUGUUAAAUGUUGUUGAACGACUUUUUUUUUUGAAUGCUCUGUCCUCACGGGUGGUCACGCGCGCCAUGGUGACCAGGCAGUUUGGCACCCGCAACCGUCUCGGAACCUCCAGACCGGAAGGUCCGUCCGUGCUGACGUGUUGUGUUGACUGACGCAUAGAAAUCGAACUAUCGUGUAGAGCGUGAAGAGGAGAGUGAGGAUGACCGGCAGGUGCGCGGGAACUGAGGCUGUCUGCGACAAACACGAGCAUAGCAACACCAACGAAACUUGACUUGCUAAAGUUAUUAGUCCAGCGUUAGCACAGCAAAACGCCAGCUGUUAGCAUAGCUUACCUAUACAUGAAAUACAAGUGUGUGUGACAGUGUGUGCGUGUGUGUGUGAGAGAGGGAGAGAGACAAUGUGUGUGUGUGUGUGUGUGUGUGUGUGAGACAGUGUGCGCGUGCCUGUGUGUGUGUGACAAUGUGUGUGUGUGUGACUGUGUGUGUUAAAGUUUCAAGUUACCAUUGGUCAAAGCUAUUAAAAACAAGUGAAACAGCUUCUCACCUUGACGUCGUUAAAGAUGCAUUCCGAAUCUCACGUUGAAUACUCAGCAGGAAGUCCACCGCAAACCUACUUUUUUUUUUUUUUUAUCUUAAAUGUGAACAGCUGCAUUUAAUUGUUAUUGUAGUCUGUGGAGCGCACGAGCCCCUUUGAACAGCUCACGUGUGAUGACUGACACCUGCUGGCCACUUGACGCACAGCAGUCCACUCAUAAACACGACCGUUUUGCAUCGUGCAAAAUAACUUCACUGGCUACAUUUUAAUCCAUUCAAAAAAAAAAAAGAAAAAUCGAGUGCAAGAAUUGAAAAAAGAAUGAGUGAGAAUAAUGUGCUCAAUUUAAAACACAUGUUAUUUAAUUAACAGAUGCAAAGACAUUUAAAUUUAGACAUUUAAACAAAGCAUUGUAGUGUUCUUUAUUGUUAUGAAAUAUAAAAAGCCUGACUGCCACUGCAAAUGAAAAGCACGUCUCAAACAAUAAAAUAGAGAGUGAAAAAUAUGACAAAGCAACCUGUCAAAGAAAUCAUGUGAGCGCUGAGGUGGAACUGGGGCAGGUGUUGGGAUGAAGGAUGAGAUGAAGAGCAGACGGGUGACAGCAGAUACAUCAAACUUGACGCCGCUGUUUUGAGAUGCAGAUUCAUGUCGAGUGGAUGCGGCUGCUCCGCUCCACUCCACCUCCAGAUCUUCAUAUUGGACAUCACGGAGCAUCCGCUCUCACCAGCGAGAUGGACGCCCACACAAGUGCCCCUCUCUUGUCACACCAGGGGGCAACCUUUGCGCUGGUGACUGCAGGAGGGACCCUCCAGACUGUCACACUGAGAUAAACAAAUGAUGGAUGACAUCAAGUUUUUGUGUUCACAGGCGUCCAGGACAAUGGAGGACCAGUCCUUCGGAUCCUCCAGAGAUCAUCUGGACCGCUUCAUCCAGAGCCAGGACUCGUCGGUGGUCAACAAGUUCCAGCAGCGUUACUGGAAGACCAAGCAGAAGCUGCUCAAGGUCACUGGCACGAAGCAGGACGAGCACGUGGUGGCGUCCGACGCUGACCUCGACGCCAAACUGGAGGUCUUCCACUCCGUCCAGAGGAGCUGCAUGGAGCUGCUGAAGGUCAUCGAGCAGUACCAGCGCCGGAUUUGCUUCCUCUCUCAGGAGGAGAACGAGCUGGGACGCUUCCUCCGCACUCAGGGCUCGCUGGACAAGACCAGGGCCGGGAAGAUCAUGCAGGCCACCGGCAAAGCUCUCUGCUUCUCCUCUCAACAGAGGUUGGCUCUGCGGGCGCCGCUGUGCCGCUUGUACCAGGAGGUGGAGACCUUCCGCUACCGCGCCAUCUCGGACACGUGGCUGACGGUGAACCGGAUGGAGCAGAGCCGAACGGAGUACCGCGGAGCUCUUCUCUGGAUGAAGGACAUUUCUCAGGAGCUGGACCCCGACACACACAAGCAGAUGGAGAAGUUCCGGAAGGUGCAGGCUGAGGUCCGCUCCACCAAAAGCAGCUUUGACAAACUGAAGAAUGACGUGUGUCAGAAGGUGGACCUGCUGGGAGCCAGUCGCUGCAACCUGCUGUCUCAUGUCCUCACCAGCUACCAGACCACCCUGCUGUACUCGUGGGAGAAGACCUCUCACACCAUGGCAGCCAUCCAUGAGAGCUUCCGGGCCGCUCCUCACCAUCGCACCGCCUCACACGACGCGCACUCUGGAGCUCAGGACCAAGACAAGCACGUCAGGAGGAAGAAGCCGAGGAAGAAGCCCAGACCCCAGGCAGGAGAGUCGCCGGACCAGCCACUCGUGUCCCUGGAAGACAGCGGCCUGAGAGACGGGUCUCAGGUCUCGGGCAGCCUCUCUGGUCCGGGCGACGCUGAGCAGCAGCAGGAGGAUCUGCUGAAGGAGAUUCUGGGAGGUUUGUCUCCGGAGGACGACCUCUUCUCUCAGUGGACUCUGGGAGAGGAUACUGAGACACGUGACUCCUUCUUCCUGCCCUCUCAGCUGCUGGACCAGAGCCUGGGUCAGCUGGAGGUUCCUCCGCCAGCGGGCUCCAGUCUGGUUCCAGAACCGGUGGCUGUGGCGCCAGAGUCUUCGUCUGGACCGGAUCAGCAGAAGCAUCAGGUCAAAGAAGCUUCUAGAGAUCUCUCCGCCUGGUUCAACCUGUUCGCCGACCUGGACCCGCUCGCAAACCCCGACGCGCUGGGACGAACCGACUCAGAGCUUCACAAUGCCUGAGUGGUGGGUCCGACUGAAGCAGCAUCACAUGACCGUCUGACCAAGGCAUGACUCAUCGUCAGUUACUGUCCUCCUCAAGAUCUCCACAGCCAUGAGGUCACCGUCAGUGAGUCAGACAAGAGUAGUGACGCUGGCAUGACGACAAUCGACUGAUGAUCAGAGGCCUUAAACACUCAACCCCCUUCAUCAUCAUCGUCAUCACUGUCAGGAAACGUUGACAAAUAAACUCAU